GUUUUUUUUCCUUCGUGUUUGCUUUCGAGCUGUAAAUGCCAAUGGUGGUGAUUUUGAAGAGACCAACUAUUUUAAUAAGCUACUCACGUUGAAUUUGGGGUUUUCUUGGACUCAAAUCACUUCGAGAGAUUUUCAGAUUUCCGCUCAAUCGGAAGUCUUUUGAUAUAGAAGAGAGAGAGGUGAUUUUGGCGCCAUUUUUGAGACUGAAGUAUUUUAUAUAAGUGGUGAGGCUGGGGGUGGUGUUUCUUUGUUCCAACUUCUGAUCAAUUCAUGGAGUAUGAGCUCUCCGUCAACUCAACUUGCCACCCUUAGAGGAAUGAGCAUUUAUGAGCCAUUCCACCAUAUUACCAUGUGGGAAGACACCUUCAAAGAUGAUGGUAUUUCCAAUACAGGUCCAUCCACAGUUUUACAGGUGGAAACUAGGCUAGACAACAAGCCUGAAUAUAUUUCUCAUGAAUCAGAAGAACAUUCCAGAAGUGAUCAAGAAACAAAUAAUCCUCCUACCAAGAUACAAAGACGUUUGGCCCAGAACCGUGAAGCAGCUCGAAAAAGUCGUUUAAGGAAAAAGGCCUAUGUUCAGCAACUAGAAUCAAGCCGUUUGAAGCUGGCACAAUUGGAGCAGGAACUUGAGAGAUGUAGGCAGCAGGGUCUGUACGUUGCAAGUGCAUCAAAUUCUAGUCAGUUAGGAUUUUCUGGAACUGUAAACCCAGGGAUUGUUGCAUUUGAGAUGCAAUAUGCGCACUGGGUUGAGGAGCAACAAAAACAGAUCCGUGAACUUAGAAAUGCAUUGCAAGCUCCUAUAACUGACAUAGAACUUCAGAUGCUUGUGGAAAAUGCCUUGAAUCACUAUAACAAACUUUGUGCGAUGAAAGCAGAUGCUGCAAAGGCGGAUGUAUUUUAUUUGGUUUCUGGAACAUGGAGGACAUCAGCAGAGCGCUUCUUCCAUUGGAUUGGAGGUUUCCGCCCAUCAGAGCUUCUACAUGUAACACUUAGUUCAGUUCUUAUGCCGCAGCUGGAGCCUUUGACUGAGCAACAACAUCUGGAAGUCUGUAACUUGCGACAAUCUUCUCAGCAAGCUGAAGAUGCUCUCUCACAAGGAAUUGAAAAACUCCAGCAGAGUCUGGUCCAGAGCACAGCUAUUGAUUUGAUGGGGGCUGGAAGUUAUGACUCUCAGAUGAUUGCCGCAAUGGAGAAGUUGGAAGGACUAGAGGGCUUUGCAAACCAAGCAGAUCACCUUCGGCAACAAACUCUCCAGCAAAUGUCUCGGAUCCUAACUGUUCGCCAAUCAGCUCGAGGGUUACUUGCCUUGGGGGAGUACUUUCACCGUCUUCGUGCUCUCAGUUCGAUUUGGACUGCUUGCCCUCAUGAACCUGCAUAACCGGAAAUUGUUGGAGAACCCAAAUCACUAUUUCCUGGUCUCAUUCACCAUCGUCCCAGCUGCUUCGGAAAGCGCAUGGGUGUAGUUUGUUAAAGGGAAUAAGGAAAAACGUCUUAAUAGCUAGUACUUGUUUGAAGGAUCUCCAAAAACAUCAGGUGUAAAUAUGAAGCCUAAAAACCUGUGUUCUUGGACUAAAAUUAGGUAGUAUAUAGAUGAGGUUAGAAUCUAUAGAGCACUUUGCUGGAAAUUGUAUUUGAAUGCAAGCCUCAUGUUUGGAUGGAUUGCUGUAGCCUCUAUUAAGUAUUACCUACUUCUUGUUGAUUACUUUCCUAUAUGUAUACUUGAGGUUUAUAAAAGUGAAUGGUUCUUGUGUGGAAAA